AUGAGAACGACGAUCUGCCUAGCAUUCCUGCUGGUGGCAUCCGCCGCUGCCAGCGAGAAGAAGUCGACAGAAAGUAAGGCCGAGCCCUUGGAGAAGAAGUUGGACAAACGUGGUCUCCUGAACCUCGGCUACGGCUACGGAAUCAGUGGCCUCGAUAUCGGCUACAUUGGCAAUGGCCACGGCCUCGGUGGCGCUUACAACGUUAUCGAAGACGGUGGAUACUCCAGCGGUGGUUACGGCUCCAUCAACCUCGGAGCUCACACCGACACCACCAGGACAAUCACGCUGGUCAAAGGAGUACCAGUCGGAGUGCCAGUAGACAGGCCUGUGCCAUACCCAGUAGAGAAACACGUGCCGUACCCAGUGAGGGUUCCCGUGCCGCAGCCAUAUGAGGUCGUCAAACACGUGCCAGUUCACGUGAAGGAGUACGUCAAAGUCCCGGUCCAUGUGCCCGCGCCGUACCCUGUCGAGAAGAAGGUGCCUUACCCCGUCCACGUUCCAGUUGACAGGCCCUACCCCGUUAAGGUCCUCGUUCCCCAACCCUACCCAGUCGAGAAGCACGUGCCUUACCCAGUUAAGGUGCCAGUGCCGCAGCCCUACCCCGUGGAGAAGCACGUCCCGUACCCGGUUGAAGUGAAGGUGCCCUACCCGCAGCCCUACCCGGUCGUGAAACACGUCGGCGUGCCCGUUAAGGUGCCAGUCGACAGGCCCUACCCUGUGCACGUGCCGGCCCCCUACCCCGUGGAGAAGCCCGUUCCAGUCGCUGUGCCAGUCGAGAAGCCAGUCGCGUACCCCGUCCACGUGCCCGUAGACAGGCCCUACCCCGUCCACGUAGACAAGCCCUACCCAGUGCCCGUCAAGGUUCCCGUGCCUGAGCCCUACCCCGUCUACAAGCAUGUGCCCGUCGAAGUCGAGAGGCCCGUCGCCUACCCCGUGAAGGUGCCAGUAGACAGGCCCUACCCAGUGCACGUUGAUAGGCCAGUUCCCGUUCCCGUCGAGAAGCCUGUGCCCGUACCCGUUAAGGUGCCAGUGCUGGUCAACGACCACAGCUACGGCCAAGAAAGCUAUGGCAGCUACGGCAACUACAACUUCGGCGGCCACUACAGCCAC